AAUGUCUGCAGAUAAUUUCAAAGACUUGAAUAUAGAUUUUAUGGACUUUGUAACAAAGAUAUGUGAUGAUGAUCGCAGUCCCGAUGAAUUUUUUGCUGAUGUCCCAAUAGAUGAACCGGAAAAUGACAAAAAUUUACCGAAUUGCCAGGUUUGUGGAGCAAAAUCAACAGGAUAUCAUUAUGGAGCAUACACUUGUAGAGCCUGCAAAAUAUUUUAUUUUCGAAAUAAUCAGAAAAUGGGUACAUUUAAGUGUCUGAGCGGUCGAAAAACUUGCUGUCCAGGUGUAAAUUUUACAUUUAAUUGUAAAUAUUGCCGAUUAAAACGUUGUUUAGAUAUUGGAAUGUCAAAAAAAGCAGUUCAAAUGGGUCGUCAAUCAAAAAUUAGAGCUUCACAAUUGGAAAAAUUAAAUAAUUCAAGCAAAUCCGUAUCAAAGAUACAAUUAUUAUCUUCGCAUUCGGAUGCUGAUGACCUUAUAAUUAUGUGUUCAAACAAUUUCUGUGAAUUUAAAAAUCUAGAUUGGUCUGAAGUAAUUUGCCCCGCAAAGAAAACAAGCCCAUCUGAAUAUGACUAUACUAUUUCUUUUGAAGAGUUUAUAGAAGUUUGGCAUGCUACUGGUAAAGAGUUGGAUGAUAGGAGAGUCUAUUUAAAACACAAUGAACAGUUCCUUAAGAUAAUUUUAACAGAUUAUUACAAAUUUGUGAGUAAAUUACCUGGAAUGUGUGAACUACAAGGGGAAAGCUUCUGGAGGCUGUUUCUUAUGACUGCAGCUUUAAUUCAUAUUGCUGUAACUAGCCAAAAUAUAUUAGGUUUUGAAGAUGACAACCUUGUAGUUACUUAUAAUGGUUUUUCUACCCGUCAUCCAUUACAUAGCCUAGAAAACACAUUGGGAAAGGACAAUGUAAGACUGCAAAAAUUAUGUCACAAUAGAAUUAUUCAAGCUAAUUUAAAGCAUGAAGAAGUUAUGUUUGUUUGUUCUCUUCACUUAUUGGCAAUAUGCAAUAGUCACAAUGGAAUUUUAAAAACAGCUUCUAAUCGCAUGACUCUAGCUUUCUCAAGAUAUUUGGACACGAACUAUGGGAGAGAUUCAACCAAGAGAAUGCAAGAAAUUAUAAAUCUAGUAGCCUUUUUAACACAACUUAAUUCAGUUCCAAGAAAAUAUAUGUAUAAAUAUAACCAAUUUCUGGAUACUAUUUAUACAAAUCCUCUAGUCAAAGCAUCACAUGGUAUUGGUGAUUAUGAGAUUGAUCUACCGAAAAUGGAUGAAUUGAAUUACAUAGAUGAUGACUUGACCGAUUUCAUUAAUCAAAUUGCAAAUAGCAAUGACAGUGAUUCACCUCCAGGCUCUACUGUAAGCUCAUCUGAUUCGAAUAGCGUGAGACAAAUUGAGCCUCUCGAAACGAAGACUGUUCUACCUCCUUGUCAAGUUUGCGGAGGAAAUUCUUCUGGCUAUCACUAUGGAGCUGAUACUUGCGAAGCUUGUAAAGUCUUCUUCUACCGAAGUAUACAAUUACAUGAAAGUUAUAAAUGUAAAAAUGAACGGAAAUUAUGUAGUCCAAAUUUUCGUUUUUUGUUCGCCUGCAAAGCAUGUAGAUAUAAGAGAUGUAUUGAAAUUGGAAUGUCGAGAUCUGCUAUUAAAGUUGGACGUUAUUCAAAGGUUAGACAUGAAGAAAAUAUGAAGAAGAGAGCUAAUUAUCAACGUUUGAAAAGUUUUAUACCUUUUUUACCAAGGCACACAUAUUCUGACGAUUUACUUAAUCAAUUUACCGUUACAUUCUCUCAACUGUUAUCAGUAAAAUGGUCACCAAGCUAUAAAGAAAUUUGCGGCGAAGCAAGUAAUAUACUUGCAAAUGGAACAGUAUCAAAAGAUAUCUAUAUGGAUGUUUGGCAGGUGACAGGAGUUGAAUUAGAUGGAAGAAAACAAUAUAUGCAAUUAUCGGACGAAAUUUCAAAGCAAAACUUUCUAGCAGUACUUCCUUUGUUACGUUCAUUACCUGGUAUGAUUGAAUUAGAUGAAGAUAGCUUCAGGAAAAAUAUUCUUAGUCACUAUGAUCAGUUUGGUUGGUUAUAUUUUCCUAACGAACGCUGCAAGCUUAUGAACAAUAAGUUUGUGUUAGAAUUCCCAGAGGGUUCCCAACUUGUUUUGGAUAAAGAAAGUUAUGUAGAUUUUUCUGACCAAGAAUCUUAUGAACAAGAAGUACAAUUUCUUAAUCGUUACAAAGAUAUAGCACUAACAUUUGAAGAAUCAGUAAUUAUAUUGCUAUUUUGUCUUGUAAAACCAAAUACGAAAUUUCCACACUUUGGACCAAUUUACAAGACGAUUGCUUUAACUUUUACUCGCUACUUGGAAAGGCAGUAUGGUCACAAAUACGAGAAAAGACUUUCCGAUAUUCUCUUAUAUCAUGGGGGAACAAUCGAAGAAGUUGAACAAAUUAAUCAGGCUCUAAAAUCAAUGUCAAUAGAUUCAUCAAUGUUUUUCGAGAAAAAUAAUUAUCUAGAAGGAAUCUUUCACUUCGGAGCCGUUACCUGUGAAGCUUGCAAACUAUUUUUUCGACGUUGUCGGAAGAAGGAUCAUUUUAAAUGUAUCAUUGGAGAAAAUACUUGCCAACCUAAUGAAAAUUCAACAUUUUUGUGCAAGAGUUGUAGACUUAGGAAAUGUCUAGUAGUUGGAAUGUCAACAGAAAAAAUUGUUAGAGGACGUUAUGCUCAAAAAAUCAUUAAAGAAAAGAAUAAAAAACAAUUUCAGCCGCCAGAUGUAGUUACUAUUUCGUUAUUACCUGCUUAUUCAGAUCUCGACGAUUUAAUAAUUAGAAAUUCCAAUAAUAUUUACUCAAUACGACAAAUUAAAUGGUUUGAUACUCUGCCAAAUCUUCAGGAGAUUAUGUAUAAUAUUCAAAAGUGCAUCUAUAGUCCAGUUCAUAGUAUAGAUACGUUUGUACAAGUGCUAGAGGGGACUGGAAAGCACGUAGAUGAUAGAAGAAUUGCGCUACAACUGAUCGAAGAUUUAUUGGAAGUAGUUUUACUGAAACUUUUACCAUUUAUCAAACAAUUGCCAGGUAUGAUGGAGGUUAAAAGGAAGGAUUUCUUUCGCGACUUUCUUAGUUCAGGAGGUCUUUUACAUUUGGUUUUGAGUAUGGAAAAUAUAUGCGCACUCGAAAAUGAAUUUUUGAUUAUCAACUUAAAUGGGCAUAAAGUUGUUGUUGGAAUUGAAGUAGCGCGAGCAGUUAUGUCUGAAAGGCUAGUAGAUUUUAAAAGAAGAAGUCAGGUACUGUUGCAAGAGUGUAAAUUAACAGAUGAAGAGUUUUCGUUUGUAUGCGCACUAAAUCUUUUAUCACCCCAAAGGGGUAUACCUGUUUUAAAUUAUCAUUAUAAACGGAUGGUGUCAGCAUUCACUCGCUACUUAACGACUACUUACGGAAGAGAUUAUAUAAGAAAAUUUCAGGCUAUAAUAGCUUUGAUGUCUCAUUAUAGUCAAUGUCCAUUUAUUAGAUCAGGAGGGAGCAGGAACGGUCUGAAAUAUUACAAUUUGGUAUAUAGAAAACCACUUGUAAAAGCUGUUUAUGGAUUAGGUAAUCUGGAGGAUCACUUAAGAAAUAUUACGUCUGUUCACAUUCCACAAAAUUAG